CACACACACACACACACACAAAAAAAAAACGAGAGGAUAGUGCACACAUGGUAUGAGGAACACUACGACGGCUUCUCGUACAAACUCCAGGAUGAGGAAAAGCAUUGUUUUGGUUCUUUUUCUUCUGGCUCUGUGGGCCGAGAGUUCACAUGUGCUACCAAGCAAGAACAAGAUCACAAAAGAGACUGACGAGCGAGUGCUCAUUCGUUCCAAGAGGAGAUGGGUGCUGUCUACUUUUGAACUGGAGGAAGAAAGUCUCGGACCCUUUCCUCAGAAAGUUACAGAGUUGCACAACGACAGGACGCUGACUUACUCUGUGCUCUUCAGCAUCAGCGGUCAGGGAGUGAACGAAGAUCCGCGGGAUGUGUUCACUGUUAACGCGAAGACGGGCGAGUUAUUUGUGCACAAGCCCAUAGACCGGGAAAAGUACCCCAUCUUCCAUGUGAAUUUUGAUGUGAUGGACGAAAAAACUGGUGAAAUUCUGGACAAAACGUUGGCGUUUAAUGUGGCUAUAAAUGACAAGAACGAUAAUCCACCAGUCUUCAUACCUGAGGUUCUAUACGUCAAAAUUCCAGAGAACGUAAAAGAAGGCCAACUUCCUGUUUCACUCCAAGCAAAAGACAACGAUGAGAAAGACAACGAUAACUCGCGCAUCGCCAUGAGGAUUGUGUCUCAGGAACCAGCGCUGCCAAAGAUCACCCUGGAUUCCUUCUCAGAUUUAAGAGACAGCAUGAUCAUGAAACUGGCCUUCACCGGAUGCUUUGAUUACGAUAAAGUCAAAGAGUAUAAACUGCUCGUCGAGGCAAAGGACCAUGGAACGCCGUCGCUCUCCUCCACGACGACCGUAAACAUCCAAAUCACUGACUCCAACACUCACCCUCCCGUGUUCACGGCUCCAGUGUUGAAUGCUAAGGUUAUGGAAAUGGAAACCAAUAAGGAGAUUUUAAGGAUGCGGGUGCGAGACGAGGACACUCCGAACACUCCAGGGUCCCGACCGGUGUUUAAAAUCCUGAAGGGGAAUGAGGAGGGCAACUAUAAGAUUGAGACAGACCCAGUAACCAAUGAAGGAGUGCUGACUGUCAUUAAGGGAAAGGAUUAUGAGAGAACGACUCUAGCCGAGCUGGAAAUCGGUGUGGAGAAUGAAGAGCCCUUGUUUGUAUGCAAUAAUUGGAAGCCGGUCAGUGCUGUACCGAAAGAAGGAAAAGUUGGCGGCACUGCUAAAGUCUCCAUCAAAGUCAUCGACGUGAACGACCCCCCAGUGUUUAAGAAUACGAUUCAGAGUGUUUUCAAGGUUGAGGAAGAAGAUCCAGGAGAAGUGUUGUACACGCCCAUAGUCACAGAUGAGGAUUCAGACCCAAAUAAAAUCAGGUACGAGCUAGUAGAAGAUCCAGCUAAGUGGGUGUCCAUAGACCCAAAGACAGGCAAGAUAACCUUGGUAAAAAAGAUGGACCGGGAGUCUCCAUAUGUCCACAACAGCACCUACACUGUCGUGAUGCGAGCAAUUGAUAAUGGAGAACCUCCUGGCACAGGAACAGGAACUUUGGUGAUCCAUCUUGGGGAUAAGAACGAUAAUACACCUCGUCUCACCUCCAACACCACGGUGAUGUGUGGGAAUAAAGCAGACAGAGGGAGAGUCACUGCAGAUGAUGCUGAUGUUUUUCCAUUUGGUGGACCCUUUACUUUUACACUUGGAAAAGAUGAUGUGGAGCUGAAGAGACUGUGGAGAUUUGACCCAAGCACAGGAGCCGAAACCUCAUUGGUCAGCCUGACGAGUCUGCCCUACGGGACAUACACAGUUCCCCUGAAGAUCGCAGACCAACAGGGGGUGGUAGCACAAGACGUUUUGCAUGUGGUGGUGUGCAACUGCGGGAAAGGAGACGUAUGUCAGGGUCUGCUACCUCGAUCCUCCAGCCUCCACAGAGGAGCUAUUGGAAUUCUACUGGGAGCAUUGUUCUUGUUGGCUUUGCUGCUCUGCUUGUUUUUCUUCUGUGAGUGUAAAGAGAAAAAGAAUUUCAAGCAGGCGUUGCCAGACGAUGGAAACCAAACCUUGAUCAUCUACAACGAGGAAGGAGGAGGUUCACUGUGCAAGUCUGACUUAAAACUCCAGAGCCCAACUAGCUUUAAUCAGAGCUUGAACACGGAAAUGCUUCAGUUUGAUCCACAGUUUCAACAAAAUACCAUCAAUCAUUAUGGCAACCAGAUGCUAAACACUACUCAGCUCACACAGGUCCUUAACGGAAAUGACACGACUAACUCGAGGAACAGCUAUGCUAAGACAAUGGCCUGGACGAGAAGCAGGAACAGCACAAAUGGCACCACAACGGGAAAUCGAUUUGAUAGGGGAUUCAGCAGAUCCUUUAGCUCACAGUCGGAGUGGAAUGUAGAAGAACAGCUUGAAAGGAUGCUCAGAAAACUUUCUAAUGAGCAGCAGGACUUUCCUGAAUAUCAACCACGUGAUUACAGCUCAGAAGGAGCCGAUGCCAAUGACGAGACGCUGGACAAGCUGUCUUUCCACAGCAAAGGAGAUGAUCUGGAAUUUCUUCAGACUUUGGGGCCAAAGUUUAGCACUCUGGAUGAGAUCUGUCAUCAAGGAAUUAAAGAGAACAACAUAAAGUUUAAAUAAAUAAAAAAUACAUUUUGGGUCUUUCAGCUUUUAAAUAGUUUUCCUUCCCUAUGGAUAAAAGUCACAAGUAUGAGAUGUUGUUUGCCAGCACAACAGCUGCAACGAUGUCCUUCUAAAGGAGAAAAAGCAAACAAAAAGGAAUCAUAAUUCCAGAAUGGUGCAGCAAUGACUUUUUUUUUCCAUGAUGGACACUGAUCAUUUUUUCUGGCACAUUAUAAGAGCACACAUUUAGCACAAUUUCUAUGAUACAGCCAUAAAUCCUUUGUGUCUACAUUCUACAUCUACUGCAGCUUUUCAGUGUAUUAAAUGAACUUUCCACAUUUGGCCACACCUUCCUGUUCUAAUGACCUCGCUUUCUCUGGUGACUGGUUCAAUAUUUUGUCAUUCGUUAAGUCCAGUUUAAGCCGUUAUGCUAACCGUGGUCUGUUUUAGCAUUACAAGUCGUCUCGGAUCAACGAGUCCUAAUUUCUGUGCAUAUAUGGACACGACUAAAUGAAAUUAGACUCAAAUUAAAAACCUGUGACGUCACGAUUUCACUCAAACUUUGAUUUAUUCCCACUUUAAGGCGGCUAAUUGGGUCUGGGUUCCCUCAACAAAGUGAGCGGUUUUAGGUAGCAACAGGACACACAGGGUUGAAUCAUUGGAGCACUUAACAUUAAUGAUAGCAAGAAGUUAAGCAGAAACAACAUUUCAUGUAAAGAAUGUAGAAACACCAUAGUAACGUUGGACAUCUUGCUCUCAGAAAAACCAUGGGAUGGAUAUUUCAAGCCAUUGAAGACACUUUAGUGUAUGUGAACUUGCAUCAGACGUUCCAUAGAUUUGCUAGCUGUGUCAUUAAUCUGCCACUCUACAAAACCCCAAGCGUGAUCUAAUGGCUUCGCAUCUACUAAAUGGGGAGGACAUUGAAAUACAUUAAGGUUAUCGGGCACUGGGAUAUCAUCAUACUGAGGUUAUUAUAAGGUAAAUCAUGGACAUUAUUUCAAUACAAUUUUAUUUAUAUGGCACUUUUAACAACACAUAGCACUGUUAUAUAAUAAUACCUGUAAUAUGUGUGUUUUCAGUCUGUUCAGGUCUGCUUCAGCUGGCUGCUCCGUUAGCCUAUUGCAUUUCCGCUUCCGCCAACAAUGGCGCCAUUACUGGGCGAUGGUAGCUCACUGCAGUAUAUUUCAAUGCGAGCCGCUGCCUUCAGCUUUGAUUUGUCAAUGCUCACCUGGCUGUAUUAGUUUGUUUGAAUGUCAGAUUUUUAUUAUUGUUUUGUGCCUGUCCUGAUUACAAGCUUGAUUAUUAUUUUUUGGCUGCCCAUCACACUGCGAUAUUGUAAAAGUCAAAACGUGGGUAUUCAGUGGUCGUAGACGUGCAACUGUCAUUUGUAUUGGGUGUGUGGUUUUAGGCUCUGUUUUUAUUUUGGAAGCGAGUUCGGGAAAGGAAAUUGUCUUAAGUUGGUGUUUUUUAGGUAUAUUAGUGAACAGUUUAUCGCAGCAUUUUGUGUAAAUUUAACCAUGACACGAUUAAAGUCACAGAGAACACACUCUGCAGUGCCUGCAGUGUAUCUGCAUGAUUUCACAUAUUAACAAUAAAACCUGUAAAUCUG